UAGCAGCAAACAUCCCGUGUGCCAACCACCCGCCAAAGUUUGAAACGGUUUGUUUGGGAAGAACUCGGUGAAGAUGGCGGACAGAGAAACUAUGUCAAAAACGAAACACCGACAGAAAAAAUUGGACAUCACUUUUGAGACGUCCAGCACAGAUUCCACUUUCUGUGGAUUCUUCAAAAAGCACCAACAGAAAACGGGAAACGGCUCAAUUGACUCCAGUGUUGUGGAAGAGAGACUGUUCGGCCACGCAGAGGAGGACGUGGACGACGGACCUGUGGUCUUCAUCUGCGGGAAAUGCAAGUUACCUGUGGGGGAUUCACUGUCCUGGGACGGAAGUGAUGAUGGACAAAACCAGAUCCGACUGAAGCGGGUCACUGACAAUGUCAUGGUCGGGCAGGAGAGUCGACUGUAUGGAACAAGGAAAGACUCGUGUCUGAUCAUGGAUCUCGAGUGUACAUCCUGCCAAUCUGUCAUCGGCAUGGUUUACACGUCCACGCCGAGGCAACUGGACCACAAGAGAUUUGCUUUCUAUUUCAAUGUUGCAAGCAUUGACAGCUAUGUUCUUGGCUCGGCAAACCAAAUGUUGGCAGCAGAGGGCCCCGAAGAGCAGCCGGUCACACUGGAGCACAGAGGCAUUGUUGAACAACAGCUAACGGAGAUGAAAAUGCUGGUCCUGUCCAUGGCGCAGAGGCUGGAGGAAAUCGAAGUUGCCACUCAGGAGGAAUGUGACGGGGUGUGACGGUGAUGGAGGUCAGCCUGUAUGGGUGGUUCUCAUCCAGGUGUAUUUGUUUAUUUUCACACGUAUACCCUCACUCAUUGCAUUUACAUUAAAGCUCCCUCUUAAGUUUUAAUUCAA